GCGUGCUGGGCGGCAUCCGUGGCCCGGCGCCGGUCCACCGGCGGUGCCGCCGAUGCGAGCGACGGGCUCAGAGCGAGAGCGGAGGCCGUCGUCGACCUCGCCAUGGCCCUGGACUGCGAGACGGCGGAGGCGAACGUCCUGUACUGGACGUCCGUCGCGCUGGCCAAGAUAGAAGACGUGGCGAGUGCGCAAAAGUGCCGCCAGGAGUGCGAAAACCACUUCUUCUGCGCCGCCUGGACCUGGGGCAAGGACGCCAAAGACGAGGCCCUGAACAAGGUGUGCUUCCUGAAGGGCCUGGAGGAGGACGAGGUGCUGCAUCCGCUGAGCAAGCACGGCGUCGUGUCGGGGCUGCCGUGCCGCAGCUCGUGGGGGCCACCCACGUCCACGACGACCAAGACCGACCCGCCGCCCGGGGAGGCCCCCUUCGAGCUGGAGGAGGUGAGGAACUACGACGUCAAGGUGUGCGGCAGCGCCUCCGAAGGCCUGGACUUCAAGUCCUCGAUCGACCUCGGGGAGUUCGACCACGCUGGGUCCUGGGAGUUCUGCCUGUCCAUCUGCGAGGCGAUGCCGGCAUGCAGAGGCUGGACGUGGGGCCAGGUGCGGGGCAGCAGCAAGACCGACAAGUGCUGGGUGCACGGCCUUGCCGAGGGCGAGGAGUUCGAUCGAGUGAACGACCCCGAUUUGAUCUCCGGAGACUCGUGCCAUGCGCUCAGCCGGAACCAGGGCAAGGGGGAGUCGAUCACCCUGUUCUGCUGGGCGCUCAUGCUUCCCAACACGUACGAGCAGGACUUGCUGGGCCAGCAGCUCGCGGACGGCAUGAACAUCUUCGCUUGCGACGGGAGCAAAGUUUACAGCAAUGUAUCGGUGGAUAUAGGCGACGAAGUCAAGUCAAGGGCCGUAAACGUCAGCCUCCAUUGCGAUUUUGGGGGCGAAUUCGGCACGGCACUGAACACCGACAUUUUUCUCGCGGUUUGGAGACAGUUGAUUGCUGAUGCGGACUAUACUAAGUACGAUUGGACUGUGAAGACGGACCCUGACACUGUUUGGUUUCCGGCGAGGCUGAAGGCCAUCUUGAUAGACCAUCCUGAGGAGGAUCGUGGAGCUUACCUGAACAAUUGUUGGCGAGGUAUGCAUGGACCGAUCGAGGUGCUCUCCAAGAACGCUGUCACGACAUGGGGCGCUGGAAUCGAUGAGUGCAUAGACGUUUUGAACAAGCUGUGCUCAGGACCGUGCCAGUGGGGUGAGGACAUGUGGAUGGACCAGUGCCUCUGGAAGAUUCUCAAGGUGAGGCGAGAUGAGGUCUUCGAGCUGCUCAUUGAGGACCACUGCGACCCUCCAGAGGACAACAGCUGGCGGACUUGUGCUGAUGCCUCGAUGGUGUCGUACCACCCGUUCAAGGAUCCAGCCGACUACAAGGGCUGGGUCGGCGGACUAUAA